AUGGAGGCAACCGUUACCAAGGAAGGCAAGCGCGGAGGCUACUGUGGUCGUUCCGGCGAGAGAUGGAAACUUGGACCAACGUGGUGCUGCAGUGCGCAGAGAAGUGAUGAAACGCUUCACCGUACAGAUUCAAACCGCUCAGUGAACUUCAGAGUGAUGCAGUUUUGGAACGAUAGACAGGUUCAAAGAUCUUUCGCCAUUUUAUUUUUGUUUGUAAUGGAAUUCCCACUUCAUUUGUGCUUGUCUUAUGCAGGUGAGUUCAAACCAGCUGGACAAACAACAUGCUUAAUGGGUUAUAUGCAGUCACAAAGGCCCACAAAUGUCACCCAAAAGCCCACACUGUACGCUAAGGAAUUUCAAUUAUCUCACGUUCAAGGAGCUUUCUCAAAACACAGAGCUCCAGCACGUACUACACCCACGCCAUUCCCAGGGCGUACUGAUAAUGGGAGAAGUGGUACACCUGGUCUACAAAAAGCAUCCAAGGUUUUGAGCACAUUCAGUGGGCCUAAAUACCAACCCCAAUACAGGUUUGCGGAAUUAGAUUCUGAAUUGCCCUACAAUAUUCCUUUUGUAACGGCACUACACAACCUAAGACCAUCUGGGCAACACUUGAGUUGCAAAACUAAGGCCACUCUCCUUUCAGCUACAUCAAUGGCUGGUUCUGCUGUACUGAGUCAGGGAUCCAGUCUCAUAAGAGAGGGCUUUGACCAAAGACAGGAAGCAGAUGGAAAAAGGAAUCAGAGAUUGGCACUGAUUCCUCAUAGACCUGCUAUUGUUCAAGUAAUUACAAUUGCGUGUAUAGCCUUCAGUAUUGCCCUGAUAUGUGGGACCACUAUUUCCUACAUGAUAUAUCGACUGGUACAGGCUGAGGAAAAACAACAACUUGCGUCACUCUAUAAAAAUGUCAAGAUACCAUUAUUAGGAGAUGAAGAGGAGGGCUCUGAGGAUGAGGGCCAGGAUGAGUCCACGCACCUCCUUCCAGAGAGUGAGAAGGAACCGGAAAAGUUCAUUCAUUCAGUCAUUAGGUCAAAAGGAAGAAAACAUAUGGAAAAGAAGAGAUUGAACACAGAGCAAAAGUUGGUAAAGGAAGUGGAAAUAAAGGAUGCUAUACAUACCGCAAAUCCGGGGUGUCUGUGAAAAGAAAUGAAAGAGAGGCAGGACAUGCUAGCCAGUGUGGGGAAACAGUGACAGAUGACAGAAUGUGAGCAUGACUUGCUCCUGGAGAACCUUGUGCAAGAGCACUCUAAAGGAAGAACACCAGACGUAAAAACAGGAAAUAAAUUCAUAUGAUAUAGCAAUCUUGCUUCCUAGUUCUUAGAGUUUAUGAAUAAAUACAACGUAAUUGGAAAAGGAAAAAAUCCAACUUCGUAAGUGUGAAAGAGAAAUUGUCAGGAUUUUCUUUUCUCACUCCUAACCAGUAGUUUCUUCGGGUAAGUCUCUCAGACCAGGUGAGGAAACCACUUUCAUGAAACAAAGCUUCCCCAGUGACAUUAUCUGUUAAUUCCAGUAGCUCGCUUCCAUUUUAUGUAUAACAAGACUGAGAAUGUCAAAAUGAAUAUGACAGCAGACAGUAACCUUUGUUUUUAGGGAUCUGGGACCUGGUGCAGGAAAUAGGUCUGCAGGCAAAGAGCUAUAAAGCAUUGCCAGAUGUACUGAGUGCUGUAAACUGGGAGUCACCGAGAGCUGUGGAAACACAAAAGGGGCAGGAUUUAAUCUGAGCGGUGCUAUUGGUGUGGAAAACAGUCUGAUGGUUCCUCGAAAAGGUAAACAUAGAGUCACUACCUGACCCAGCAAUUCCACUCCUGGGUAUAUAUCCAAAAGAAUUGAAAAUAUAUGUACCUGCACACAAGAGAAACCCUCACACAAACGUUCAUAGCAGCAUUAUUCAUAAGAGCAAAAAGGUGGAAACACUGCAUAUGUCCAUCAGCCGAUAAACAAAUUAACAAGAUGUGGUCUCUCCAUAGAGUGGGAUGUUAUUAAGCAAGGAGAAAGAUAGAAGUACUGACACAUGGUACAACAUAGAUGAUCCUUGAAAACAUUAUGCUAAGUAAAAGCGGUUAGACACAAAAGGUCCACACAUCGUAUGAUUCCAUUUAUACAAAAUACCUACAAUAGGCAAAUCCAUAGAGGGUCAAAGUAGAUAAGUGGUUCUAGGUGCCGGAGGAGGGGAGAAAAGGGAAAGAUGGUUGGUGGGUAGGAGGAUUCUCUUGGGGGCAAUGAAAAUGUUGAAAAAAAAGAUUAGUGUAACUUGAGGAGGCUGGUACCGAACCCAAGUUCAGCUGCUCACCACUCAAAAGACCAAUACUCAAGAGACAAGUGUUAUACUUGAUUUACAACAUUGUUUUAAUUCCUGCUGUACAGCAAAGUGACUCAGUUAUACAUAUAUAUAUAUACACUCUUUUUCUCUCUUUUUUUUUUUUGGCCGCACCUUGCAGGAUCUUAGUUUGCCGACCAGGGAUUGAACCUGGGCUACCGCAGCAAAAGCGCUGAAUCCUAACCACUGGACCGCCAGGGAAAUCCCUGGACUGCUUUUUACCACGUAUCAAGCACAUGAGAAGAGCAUGAAUCUUCUCAGGCAGAUGUUUCUUAGCAAGAAUCACUGAGGCAGGCAGAGUUCUAAGAUGGCCCCAAGACUCCUGCCCUCUGGUGUACACAGCUGUGUAGUUCCCUUCUCUUGAGUGUGGGUCUUUGAAUAUGACAGAUGUCACUCUUGUGAUUAUGAAAAAGUGAUGGGAUUGUCGCUCUCUUAAUUGUUACAUUAAGCCACCUGUCCAAGUUUUCAGGGACUAGCUCCAUGCAGGGAAAGACAUUUACUAAUCAACCCAGUGUGAAGGCUUCAGGCUUUCUCAGUUUUUUUCCAGACACGCAUCUACCCUGGUGUGUGUGUGUGUGUGUGUGUGUGUGUGUGUGUGUGUGUGUGUGUGUGUUUCACCAGUUCUACCAUAUACAGUAUGCUGCAUUUAUUUUUAUUUUUUUAAAGUAGGAUUAAAAGCCUUUUAGUCUUUUUUUUUAAAUUAAUUUUUGGCUGCAUUGGGUCUUCGCUGCUGCGUGCGGGCCCUCUCCAGUUGAGGCUAGCCUGGGCCUUUCACUGCGGUGGCCUCUCCCUGCUGCGGAGCAUGGGUUCCAGGCACAUGGGCCCAGCAGUUGUGGCUCACGGGCUCCAGAGCACAGGCUCAGUAGCUGUGACACUUGGGCCCAGCUGCUCUGAGGCAUGUGGGAUCCUCCCGGACCCGUGUCCCCUGCAUUGGCAGGUGGACUCCCAACCUCUGUGCCACCAGGGAAGUCCCUAUGCUGCAUUUAAAUGUCUUGAUUUCCCUAAUAGUCUCACUCCCCACCCUUGCUCCGACUUUUCUCAGGGCUUUAAACAUUCUACUGCAUUCCUCUGCCUUAGUCUUUUUGUUGCCCGGCACUGUAGGACUGCAAUCUCCCUGCAGCUGCCACAAGGUUUGGAAUCUACCAGUGCCCUUGCUGGCAACUAAUAUUUGUGUAUAGUUUGAAGAGGAGGUCUAAAUUCAUAUUUUACCAUUUGUGUACUUCAGUGCUGCAGACCUUAUUUAU